AAAAAGAAAAGAAAAGAAAGAAAGCAUAAAACCUAAGCCAAAGCCCCUUUUCCUCUGCAGCGUGUCCAGCUGAAGUUCCUCCAACCUGCAAAAACCCUUCUUACUACAAUGGUGGAUUUUCAUUUUGAUGAAGUCAUUGAGGUGUUCAAGUUCGAUGCCCAAGUGGUGUACGAUAAAGUUUCUCGAGUAAUUGCUAAGGGUGAAGAUGGUGAUUGUUAUCUGGAAUUAGAUGUGCAUACUGAGUUGUACCCUAUGCUUCCUGGGGAGAAAUACAGGAUGUUGAUUUCCUCCACUCUAAAUCCCGAUGGCUCAGCUGUGGCCGCCUACUUUCCUGAGGGAAAACAAAAAUCGCUUGCAGACAAGUUUGAGUAUGUUAUGCACGGUCUUCUGUACAAGAUGGGUGAAGCUAAAGAAAGGACUGAUGGAGAUGAUGAAGUUAAAGUGGUGGCAUAUAUUUCGUUCGGGGGACUCCAGCUGAUGCUAAAAGGCGUGCCCCUGAAGAUGCACAAGUUUAAAGUCGAUCAGAGGCUUUUUCUCCUCUUGAGGAAGAUUUGAGAUGAAAAUUUAUGCUCGUGUACAACAUUAUUGUUGCUUUUAAGAAUGGGGUUUCAAAAUAUAAAGAAUGGUUUAAGUUUAGUUCCUUCAAGAUUGUACUCAUGAUAAUACAAGUCGUUUAACCGUUUUUUGUGAGGGUUUUUAACCAAAAUGUAAGGUUAUGCAACGAGCUGGGAAUUUGUGGUUAGAUUUUAUAGCUCGUGUUUAUAAACCGAUUCAAUCGGAUGAUUCCCUAAUGCUAUUGUGAUUAGCUCUUUUCUGAGGUGUAGGUUUCAGAAUUCUUCAAUAUGGCUGCUACUUCUCCUUU